GCAAAUUGUUGCAACAGUGCUCAGACAGCAAUUGGACAGCGAGUCGCACGUAUCAAACAUGUCGAUAGCCGAGGCAUUCAAGGAUCAAGUAAUCUUCGUUACUGGCGGCACAGGUUUCGUCGGCAAGGCGCUCAUCGAGAAGUUGUUGCGGUCGUGUCCCGAUCUGGGCAAAAUCUAUGUGCUACUGCGCCCCAAGAAGGGUGUUGCCAUUGAGAAUCGCCUGGAAGACCUUCUCAAGACCAGUCUCUACGAUCGUUUGCGUCGCGAACAGCCCCAAACACUGGCCAAAGUCGAAGCGAUUGGCGGCGAUUGCACCGAAUUGGGUUUGGGCAUCAGUCAAGCGGAUCUCGAACGUUUGCGCGAUGUCACCAUUGUCUAUCACUCGGCAGCCUCUGUGCGCUUUGAUGAUCCGUUGCGUGAGGCAAUUUUGAUCAAUACACGUGGCACGCAUGAGCUCAUUAAGGUGGCAUUGCAGUGGAAGAAACUAAAGGCGUUCAUUCACGUGUCGACAACGUAUUCGAAUCCCACCGAAUUGGAGGUAGAGGAACGCAUAUAUCCGCCAUAUGCCGAUUGGCGUACCACCAUUCAAUUGGCCGAGAAUUUCGAUGCCGAAACUCUUAAUAUCUACAAUCUCAAGUAUAGCAACUUUCAGCCCAACACGUACACUUUCACCAAGAGUUUGGCCGAGCAUGUGGCCAACGAUUACAAAGAUCAGCUGCCAAUUUCCAUCUUUCGACCUUCCAUCGUGAUCUCAACGUUGGAGGAACCGGUGCCGGGAUGGGCGGAUAAUUUCAAUGGACCAACCGGCAUGCUGGUGGCUUGUGGCGUUGGCAUUCUGCGCUCCCAGAACUGUGAUCCCUACAUUGUGGCCGACUUUGUGCCCGCUGAUGUCGUGGUGCGAGGUCUUAUCAUUGCCGCCUACAAGUAUUUGCAAGCGCCUCCCGUGAAGGAGCAGCCCAUCGAUGUGAUCAACUGUGCAACGGCAAACAUCUCUCCCAUCACCAUGGGCCAGGUGAUUGAGAUUGGCAAGCGGUACAUACGACAGAAUCCGUUUGAGAAGACACUUUGGUUGCCAGGUGGCAGCAUUACUCUCUGCCCCGUGUUGCACUUUGUGCGGUUUAUAACGAUGCACAUCAUGAUGGCCAUUGUGGUGGACUCUCUGUUGCGUCUGAGUAAUGAGAAGCCCUUCCUCUUGAAGCUGCAGCGUCGCAUCUUUGCCGCAUUCCAAGCCCUGCAAGUUUUUGCCGUCACCGAAUGGCAUUUCCAGAACGAGAAUUUCCGCGCUCUCCACGAAAUGGUGCCACCCAAUGAAGUUGCCGUCUUUGGAUUCUUACAACACUCGAACAUCAACUAUGUGGAGUUCUUCCAGAAUGGCAUUCGGGGCGCCAAGGAGUUCCUGCUGAACGAGAGUCCGGACAGCUCCAGCGGUGCCAAGUUGCGCAUUAAGAUCUUCUAUGUGCUAGAUUGGCUGUGUCGCAUCGUUGUCUAUGGCUUCUUGUUGCGUCUUAUUUACAGAUUUGUUAUGCGCACUUUUAUUGCAUAGGCUGUCGUCAUUCCUGCACUUGUAUCGUUUUUUUUUGUAUUUUUUUUUUGUAUCAUUAUUUUAAAUCAAUUUUAAUUUACGGCUAUGGUUAAAUAAAAGUACACAUUGUUUUUUUUU